AUGAAGGGCUUGGUUGGCACUAGUGCGGAUUCGUACUACCGAUCGACCAGCCUCAACGUGAGAACUUUAAUUCAUUUCUUAGCUGCGUACACUGUCACUUGGUCAUCUUUCGAGUCGAGUUAUCUCAAAGACGGAAUGAGAAAUAAUUAUUCAUUGUUUCAGGAAAGUGACAACAGUAUUCUGGAAGCUCCUCUAUUUUGGCUAUCACUUGUGCAAUGCAUCAUAACAUUAUUCAUUUUUAUCUUUGCUAUUUAUACGUGGUUCACUACACGAAUUACAAUAAAAAGGCGUAUGAAGAAUAUUAAUUGGAAGAUUCAACUCGUUGAACAGAGGCUCCGUCUUCAGGAACCAAAUGUGCAUCUUAUAGCGCAAAUGGCAAAAAAUAUGAAGGUCUCAUUUGAUGAUGUGGGCCAGGAUUCGGAACGAAUACUCAGUCGUAUAUGGGGGCAAGAUGAUUCGAAGCUGAAGAAACCAAGCAAAAAUGAAAAAUGA